UCAUCAAACACUCUUGCAAGCUUCCAGGGUAGUAAAAUACAUAUUUUUUGUUGUCCUGUCUUGAUACCACUCAUCUUACGCUUAAGGUCAAGUGACAUUUCAUCAUAGGUGCUCAUUUGUCGGAUAUAUCCUAAAUUAGCUAUUCGUAAGGAAAAAACGUCAAUCCAUCAAAAUUUGAUUUAUUGAGAAAUUUUUCCAUCAUGUUAACUGUGAAUCAAUCUAACUCUUUUGCUCAACAGAAUAAUGCCUAUGCUGCCUCCUUGAUGCGUUCUACUGCUUCCAGUCCAUCUCCUCAUUCUGUUUGCAAAUGUGGAGCAAUGCAUCCUUCAGAAAGUAUUGAUAGAACUAAACCUCAAGCGGAAACUAAGGUAGAAUUAGAAGAUGAAAUCCCAAAUAAUAAAUUUGGUAGAUUGAUUGAAGAUUUGAAAAAAAGCUUAGGUCCAGAUAAAGGUCUUUCAUCUGAGGAUAUUGAUGUUGAAAAAAUCAAAGAAAUGAUGGAACUGUAUGAAUCUGAUGAACUGGAAUGGGGGAAAUAUGCAUUAAAUGACCCAUCUCGUAGUUAUACUAGAAAUGGAGUCAUUGACUUAAAUGGCAAUGCUAAUCUACUUAUCUUGGUUUGGAAUCCAACAAAGUCAAGUGCCAUUCAUGAUCACGCAAAUGCUCAUUGCUGUAUGAAGAUUUUAAAAGGUACUUUGAAAGAGUCGCUUUAUGAUUUCCCAGAGAAAGUCGGUAAUGAACUCGUUCCUAAAAAGGAAACCCUCCUUCAUUGCGAAGACGUUGGUUAUAUCAGUGAUGAUAUCGGAUUGCAUAAAAUUUCAAACCCUUUAGAUAAUGAAGUAUCUGUUUCUCUCCAUUUAUAUACUCCUCCAUAUGCUUCUUUAUAUGGAUGCUCCAUGUAUGAAGCUGGUAAUGGUAAAAGACAUCACGUCGAUAUGAGUAAAUAUUACAGUUAUCAGGGAAAAUUAAUCAAUCCAAAGGAUAGCUCCGCUUGUUAAUUCCCAUUUUUUGCAUCUUUGGUUUAUUAAUAUCAUUUUUAACCAUCUAAUUUUCUUUCUUUUUUUUAUAUUUUGCUUCUCUUUG